ACAGCGUGGGACGACGCGCCAUGAGAGCAUCCAAAGGGGACAGCCGCGCUGAAGCGCGGUUGUUAUGGAUACACAGCCACGCGUGCGCCGUCGUCACGCGGACGGCUGUACGCCGUGCCAUGAAUGAGGGCGCGCCGUCGCCGUCGCCGUCGCAACGCAGCUGAGUGACGUCCUGGCAGAUAGAACAAACCAGGUGUGAGCACUGUCUUUCCAAAGUUACACUGAAGCCGUUGGAGGAAAGGUCGGACCUCAGGCCUUCCCGCGGCACCAACUACUGACGGCGGAUUUGCUCACAGAUCCUUCACAGCUGUUUCAAAGAACCAUUCUGUGAUUCUAUGAUCUUCCAGGACCCUUCCAAGCCACACCAUCCUGUGGUUCUAUCAUCUUCCAGGACUCUUCCAACACAAACCAUUCUAUGGUUCUGUGAUCACUAAGGAACCUCCCAAGCCACGCCGUCCUGCAGUUCUAUGAUCUUCCAGGACCCUCCUGUGCGGGUGAUGUCACAAUGAUGUGAUGACCUCACAGAGGCCCUGGGGUGGGGCAGGGGCAGUGGGUCAGCGCUGAACCUGCCUGCCUCAUUCUGCGGUUGGUUCUGGUCCAGCGAGGAGCUGUGCGAGUGGUGCAGCAAUGCGGGCCCAGUUUGCCAGCGGGACAUUAACAGAUCUGCAGCGUGUGAAUCUGCUGGAGGAGCUGCUGCAGGCUCAUGAGCGCGCCGUGGAGAAGCGCAAGGCUGAGGCCAGGGAAUCCUUGAUGAAGGAUGCCCAGCAAAUACGGGAAGAAAGAACGACUGCCACGAAAGAUGAGCUGGAUCAGGAGAAGCAGCUCAUUGCCCAGCUGGAACAGCAGCUGCAGGCUGGGAGAAAGGAGAUCAAGGUAGUGUGGAGGGGCGAGGGAAUCGGGGCUGCCCGCCCCUGCAUGGGGACCUGGAGGGCAACUGCAGCGGGCACGGGCACUCACGCUUUUGUCUGCCAGGUGCUGCGCCAGGAAAAAGAGCGCCUGCAACAGGAGCGGGAGGAGCUGGAGCUUGAGAGGUGCCUGUUGGGCACAUGGUGUGCACGGGGGUGGGCACGCACUGCUGGGGAGCCCGCGUGCUGA